UCUUUGCCAUAAAUGAGCUAAACAAGCUCUAAUUCUCUUCCAGCUCUUGCUUAAAGCAGCAGCUAAGCUGCCUCGCAAUUCCACCAUUCUUCUCUCGCGAACCCUACUCCUCUUUCUGAACUCUUUUCAGCUGUUGGCUGAACGAUUCUUCUGAAAGGAGACAUGGAGAAGGAAGCCAAAAAGGAAGCUUUUAGGAAGUAUCUUGAGUCCAGUGGUGUGCUUGAUGCAUUGACGAAAGCUCUUGUUGCAUUAUACGAAGAGAAUGAUAAACCUUCAUCAGCAAUUGAAUUUGUUCAACAGAAAUUAGGCGGCCCAUCAAUUUCAAAGUAUGAAAAGCUUCAAGCUGAGAAGUCAGAUCUGCAGAUAAUGUUUGACAAGCUCUCCAUAUCUUACAAAGAAAAAUGCAAAGAGAUUGAAGAGCUGAAGAACUCAAAAAUCAUGAUAGAUUCACCCAAUGAUAGAUUGGAGGACAGUGGAAAGGACUAAGUUAAAGGAAGUAAUGGGAGGUAAUCAAAAUAUUGUAGCUUUAACAAAAAAAUGUCGUUUUUCCUCUUUUAAGCUUUAUGGUUACUCAUGUAAUCUCAAGAACACCUCGUGGAAAAUGUCUCCAUAACGGAUUUCUUAAUUAUAAGAUGUGAUAUAAACUUUUACUAAA